AUGCAUUGGAAAGGACUGCGUCUUGGGCCCGAUGGCAAGAGACAGACCGUCGACCAACCUCAAGUCCGUCGCAGUGAACACCUUCCUCGUCCUUAUCCCGCCCCCGAACCCAGAUUUUCCGAAUCAAUUUCUCGUACUUCUGGUCAGCCAGAUAAGGGGAAUAGCACAGGCAUUCACACACCAGAUGACAGGUCAAAUCAUGGGGUAGCUCAGUCGGACUUUGCACCAUCGGCGGAGACCCCGAGUCUACGCCAAAAGCGGUUCAGCUUUAUGAGGCUACGCCAUGCAUCUGACCCUCAACUCUCCAAAUCUUAUGUCAAGGCGGGCGAGGACUCACCCCCGGUCCCCUCCUUACCGCCUCCCAAAAUCAUCACUACCGCCCCUACCAGUCACGACCUCGACCAGCCCGUGAAACAGAGAUCUAGGCUUAGCUUUCGACCAUCCUCACGCAAACAGUCCAUGGAGGAGAUGUCUCGGAAAUCAACGGAACAAUCUGUGAGGUCUCGCCGGAGGGGCCAGGGGUCAACCGACUCUCAGGGCGACUCGACGCUCGGCAUGUCCCCGAGCAUCACCGAAGAGCCCGGACGCUUGUCAAUCAAUUCGCUUCGGGGCGGUCACCAGCAGCACACUGACUCCCAGCGCUCGUCGGUGAUCGAUCCCCGAUUUUCCGAAUCCUCUCGGUCAGACCAGAGUAAUGGUGACCAAACAGUCCCUCUAACCAACUAUCCUCGUGAGGGUAACUCCACAUCGGCCAAGCGAUUUCGUCUACCACGCUUAAAGCGCAAUCGCAGCCCUCUCUUCCCUUUGCCCCCCAAAGUCUCGCAACCGGGAGUUUUCGACAAUCGACCCAAGUUUCCGCCGGUAGAUACGCCAAAAUCGGAGAACUCAGAUGGCCAGGAUCACAUCUCACCACUACCGUCACCAUCUCGUUCCGCUGUGGUACUCGCCUCGAAUGCACCGCCACUGUUUCGGAACGACUCAACGAACUCAGCUCGAUCUGUUCGAUCCAAUUCGUCCUUGAAAAAUCGCAGACGUUCAUCCACCAUGGGAUCGCUGGCCGAGAACCAUGAUGAUUUGUCCGUACCCCCUUGGCUUGCAGCUUCGACACGCACGUCUACUUCGACCAGUGGCCGCAAAAGCUUCAGUGAUAUGUUCAACCUCACUCAGCGAUUGAGGCAAAACUCAUCCCCGCCCGCUCCCCGACACGGUUCCCCCGCCAUAGGCGGCGCCUCCACCCCAAACUUGCGAACGGUAGAGCUACCAGCAAUUCCGAAACGGGAAGAAUCCGACACUCCCGCAUCAUAUUUGACCCGUUUAGAAGAAAGCAUACCCCGUGGAAUGAUUGGCGGUGUUCUAGCACAAUCAGAUGAGGAAUUCUUCAAGAUCGGUUUGCGGAAAUACAUGAGAACCUUCUCAUACUUCGGCGACCCGCUCGACAUGGCAAUUCGCAAGCUCUUGAUGGAAGUUGAGCUUCCGAAAGAAACACAGCAAAUCGACCGUUUCGUACAAGCAUUUGCUGACCGCUACCACGAAUGCAACCCGGGUAUCUUCACCAGCCCGGACAAUGCCUACUUCAUUGCAUUUUCGCUUUUGAUUCUCCAUACCGACGUCUUCAAUAAAAACAACAAGCGCAAGAUGCAGAAAGCGGAUUACGUCAAGAUCAGUCGAGGGGAGGGGGUUUCGGAGGACAUCCUAGAGUGUUUCUAUGAGAACAUCUCAUACACUCCAUUUAUCCAUGUGGAAGACGCGAACCCGCCCGAUCGCCACUUGGCAAAGCCACGUCGCACGCUUUUCAAGAGCACUAGCACUGAGAACUUGCCCAGGAUUACGCGGGAGCCUGUCGAUCCUUAUUCGCUCAUUCUGGAAGGCAAACUGGAAUCUCUGCGCCCUAGCCUGAAGGAUGUCAUGGAUCUGGAUGAUACAUACGAUCACUUCGGUACCGCUGGGCCACCGGACAUGGAUGUCCUUCACCAGUCCUUCACCAAGUCAGGAAUCUUGCAGAUCAUUUCUUCCCGCUCUCGCCCUGACGCGUUCAUGCCGGCUAGCUUGGGCAGUCCACUUGACUCAAACCCCGGUCUGGUGGAUAUCAAGGUUGCCAAGGUUGGCUUGCUUUGGCGGAAAGAUCCCAGGAAGAAGAAAGCUAGAUCGCCCUGGCAAGAAUGGGGCGCAAUUCUCACUUUUUCUCAGCUCUACUUCUUCCGCAACGUGAACUGGGUGCGCUCACUCAUCGCGCAGCAUGAGGCAUAUGUCAAGAAUGACCGUCACGGUACUCUUGUGUUCAAACCACCUCUUGCGGAGUUCAAACCGGACAAUAUUCUGUCUACCGGUGAUACGGUUGCUCUUUUGGACUCUAGUUACAAAAAGCACAAGCAUGCAUUCACGUUUGUUCGACACAAUGCGAUGGAGGAGACAUUCCUCGCUACCUCAGAGUCUGAAAUGAAUGAUUGGAUUGCACACCUCAAUUAUGCUGCGGCCUUCAGGACCACUGGCGUACGCACCAAGGGCAUGAUUGCCACUAACUAUGAAGGACAGCGAUACCGCAAAUGUCAGCGAAUGAGCUCAGUGUCUUCUCAAAAGUCCCACCAAUCGACGGACCAGGAGCCCGCUUCUCCUAGCAUUGAUACCGAUAUCGUCGCCGAAUUCAUGGCUGCGCGCCGCGAAUUAAUGAGCCAAAAGAUUCGAGAGAGAAACGAAAAGCUCUUUGUGUUGCAAAAGCAACUGGAAGAUCUCCUACAAAAUGCCCGACACUUGCAGGUUCUCACUCCUGUUCAUGCCCGGGCUCGGGAGAACGUCAUUCUGGCUGCAGGUCGCUUGUCUGCCAAGAUCAAAUGGGUGAGGCAGGAUAUUUGGCGUAGCAAAUGUUACCGCCAAGUUCUGCUCCGAGACCUCGGCAAGGACGAAGAGGCGGUAGAGGCUAGGGUGGAAGCUGUCGCUGACCCGACGCUAUCGCACGCGGAUGGGACACGCCUGGCCUCGCUUUCCAGGCCAUCCUUGAGAUCGGAGCCCAGCGUGGAAAGAGCCGGCAGUAUUGUGCCUACCGUCUCUAGUGCCGAUACGCCUGAGUCCAAUGUAACCGCAACUGAGCAACCAGCAGAAGCCGGAUUGCUGGCCAAACCUUCGAACGACGAACUCCGCCGUCCCAGCAUCCCGACGUCAAUCACUUCAUUUGAUGUCCUCCGUGUCGGCCGUCAACGCUCCGCUGUACCCGUCCCCGAGCGUGCCAAGUCAUACUCGCCCGACCCAACAACAAUCACACUCGAGCGUGAAGCAUCUGUUCUCAGUCGUGCUAGUCGGUGGGAUGGAGCCAGCCUUGCGUCUAAGACCUCAAAGCUGACCGCACCAUUGAGCUUCGACGACGGCGAAGAGCGCGUUCUGCGGGAAGCUGGUCUACUCGAACUGCCAGCAUCACCAAAGGGACGCCAGGACGAAGAGGUUGCCCCUGACACCAACCCCAGCAAGGCCUCCGAGGGUGACACCAAUGUAAACGACAAAGGGGAUAAACCAAGUCGCGUUCGCCGCAGCCUUCAUCGCACUCUUCGUGACUCGCACUCCCGUAGAACCCAUUCUCACUCAAAGAAGAAACGCGGUUCGGUGUCCAGUAUUGGACCGGAAGAAGACGAUCAUGUGUCCGGCGAUGGCGAGGGCCUUCCUCGCAAAGCUCCCAGUUUCACCGUGCAUGGCAAAAAAGCAUCAAUCAUAACCUUCGGGUCUGAAUGGCAAAACAUGCCCCCGGAAGGGCGCCUCAAGCUCCGCAAGCCUACCCCUCAUGAGGAGCCACGGGCGUCGGAGCCUACUAUCAUCGGCAGCGGUGAGUCGAUGUUGACGGACCGGAGCCCGGAACGUCCUCAUUCGAUCCACAGUAUGACUACCACUACUGGCCUAAGCGUGCGCAGCGCCGAUGAUCUGUCGGAGUUCAAGGAUGCUCAAGAGCAACUGGAAGAAGAUAUCGGGGGUCCUGCCUCCCCAGUGAUUACGUCCUUCUCGAAUGUUGAUGCAAAUCCGUUGGACAUGGAACCCACCCCUUACUCCCCUUCAUCUACGACAUACAGCAGCCAUCUUCUUGCACCAAGACAGGACGGCUCCUCUUCUCCGUCUUCUACGUCAAUCAGCGAGCGCAUCGUUGAUACGCCAUCCAACGAAAACCUUCGCGAGCAGGCCGUAACUGCCUGA